AUGAGGAGUCCCAGGAAUCUGAAGGAAAUCCAGCGAUUGGUCGGACGAUUGACCUCUCUCGCACGGUUCUUGCCCAAACUCACAAAGAAGGUCCGGCCGAUUUUAAAGAUCAUGAAGAAGCAGACCGCGAAUAAGUGGGAUGAUCAAUGUGAGACAGCGUUUCAGCAGAUAAAGGAGAUGAUCAGCCGUCCCCCUAUCAUGAGCCGACCGAUAGAGGGCUUGCCUUUGCAGUUAUACUUGUCAGUGUCGGACGACACGAUCAGCGCGACCUUGGUACAGGAAAGUCCAGAGCAACGACCGGUGUACUUCAUCAAUCGUGUGUUGCAAAGUGCGGAAACGAGGUAUCAGUUAAUUGAGAAGAUAGCCUUGGCGCUAUUGACAGCCGCGCGCCGACUGCGCCAAUACUUCCAGAGUCACCAGGUUAUCGUCCGUACCGAUCAUCCCAUAGCCAAGAUACUCCGGAAGCCCGACUUGGCCGGAAGAAUGAUCGUCUGGUCAGUCGAGUUAUCCGAGUUCGGAUUGAAAUACAAACCUAGAGGAUCGGUCAAAGGACAACAUUUAGCAGACUUUGCAGCCGAGCUUCACGGACCGAUCUCCUCUUCGGAGCAAGUGUGGGUUCUCUUCGUUGACGGGUCGUCGGACAAACGCAAUGCUGGAGCAGGAAUCGUCAUUGAAGGACCGAGCGGUUUCACGGUUGAGCACUCCUUGCAGUUCAAGUUUAAAGCCUCGAACAACCAAGUAGAAUACGAAGCGCUGAUUGCCGGGCUAAGGCUGGCAAAAGACCUGGGAGCGACAAGAUUAAAGUGCAACACCGAUUCGAAGCUCGUUGUCGGGCAGGUACAAGGGGAAUACCAGGUUAGGGACGACCUGCUGCUUCAGUAUUAUCACAAGGUGGUCGAAGCCAUGAAGGAGUUCGAAGAAAUUACCAUCCACUACAUUCCCCGAGCGGAAAAUACCAGAGCCGAUAGGCUAUCUAAGCUGGCGGAAGGAAAAAAGAAGGGUCAGUUGAAGACAAUCAUCAGGCAAACCCUGAUGAGACCCUCAGCGGGAGAAUGCGCGGCGGCAGAUCGGUCGGUAGAUUGGAUGGGGGAGGUCCGAGAACUCCUAAGAAGGUGCGACGCGGGAGAAGUGAAACCGGUAGAGAGACGACGAGCACUCCGGUUCGUGGUGAUCGGAGAAGACCUCUAUAAGAGGGGCUUUACACUACCGCUCCUCAAAUGCCUAUCGGGAGAGGAAGCCGAAUAUAUUAUGAAUGAAGUCCACAAUGGCAUUUGUGGUAUGCACACCGGUCGGAGAACGAUUAAAGCGAGGAUACUCUGGGUGGGUUAUUAUUGGCCGACCAUGGAGCAAGACUGCGAAGUCAUGAUACACAAGUGUGAAGGUUGCCAAGCCCAUGGAAACGAUGUCAAGAAAGCUCCGAACGAGCUACAUAGCCUGACAGCCCCUUGGCCUUUCGCAUAG